AUGCGGACUCAGCAACUGCAGCGAGACCUAACUACAGUAAGAAUACAAAAAGGAACGCCUCUUUCGUCGCAGGCGCCAGCCCGGCCGCUAAUCCUGGCAUCGCUAUACUUACCAAUUGAAGAACAAAUACCACCGCAACAGGUCGUGAACCUCAUCAAAUAUUGUGAAGAAGGCAACAUUGACCUCAUAAUAGCAGUGGACACAAAUGCACACCACUCCCUAUGGGGCAGUGAAGACAACAACAAGAGAGGUAUAACCGACAGUCCUCUGUGCAGAGCAUGCAUGGAGGAAGAGGAAACCCCGAUACAUGUUAUGCUUAGAUGCAGAGGUGUAUCCGUACAACGCGCAGCACACAUUGGAUCCCCAGCAACACUCCAUGAGGCGUUCGGCGACCUGGGCGGCCUGCUAAACUUCUGGAGCGAGCUCGGCUGGCUGGAGUAACUCCGGCGGGGACCAGCACCAA